GUCUGUGUUGUUGUUCCGCGGCGGCGGCGGCGGCGGUAAGAUGGCUGCCCACGGGGGCUCCGCGGCGUCGUCGGCGCUGAAGGGGUUAAUUCAGCAGUUCAUGGCCAUCACCGGUGCAAGUGAAAGUGUAGGAAAACACAUGCUUGAAGCUUGUAACAACAACCUGGAGAUGGCCGUCACUAUGUUUCUGGAUGGUGGAGGAAUUGCUGAGGAGCCCAGUACCAGUUCAGCAAGUGUCUCUGCAGUCAGACCACACACAGAAGAAGAAGUUCGUGCCCCAAUUCCUCAAAAGCAAGAAAUAUUGGUGGAGCCAGAACCUUUGUUUGGUGCCCCUAAAAGACGAAGGCCUGCACGUUCAAUAUUUGAUGGUUUCCGAGAUUUUCAAACUGAAACUAUUAGGCAAGAACAGGAAUUAAGAAAUGGAGGAGCAAUAGAUAAGAAACUCACCACCCUUGCAGAUCUGUUCCGGCCCCCAAUUGACUUGAUGCACAAAGGCAGCUUUGAAACAGCCAAAGAGUGUGGCCAGAUGCAGAAUAAGUGGCUGAUGAUAAACAUUCAAAAUGUACAAGACUUUGCAUGCCAGUGCCUCAACCGUGAUGUGUGGAGCAAUGAAGCUGUGAAGAAUAUUAUCCGGGAACAUUUCAUUUUCUGGCAGGUUUAUCAUGACAGUGAGGAAGGUCAGAGGUACAUACAGUUUUAUAAAUUAGGGGAUUUCCCCUAUGUUUCCAUCUUGGACCCACGGACAGGUCAGAAGCUAGUAGAGUGGCACCAAUUAGAUGUGUCUUCUUUCUUGGACCAAGUAACAGGGUUUCUGGGUGAACAUGGGCAACUGGAUGGACUUUCUAGCAGUCCCCCCAAAAAAUGUGCCCGAUCAGAGAGCCUCAUAGAUGCCAGUGAAGACAGCCAGCUGGAAGCCGCCAUCAGAGCCUCUCUGCAGGAGACACAUUUCGACUCAGCACAGGCAAAGCAGGAUAACCGCUCAGAUGAAGAAUCUGAAUCUGAACUUUUUUCUGGCAGUGAGGAAUUCAUAUCGGUUUGUGGCUCUGAUGAAGAAGAGGAGAUAGAGAAUCUUGCUAAGUCCAGAAAGUCUCCUCAUAAAGAUGUGGGGCAUAGAAAAGAGGAGAACAGAAGGCCACUGAUGGAGCCCCCAGCCAGAACUGAGCCUGGCACAGCCACAAACCAUCAAGGGUUGCCAGCCAUGGACCCUGAGCUCUUGGAGAUGUCACCCGAAAAGUCAGAUGGAAUAGUGGAGGGAAUAGAUGUCAAUGGACCAAAAGCACAGCUAAUGCUACGGUACCCAGAUGGAAAAAGGGAGCAGAUCACUCUUCCAGAGCAAGCUAAACUGCUGGCUUUGGUGAAGCACGUCCAAUCUAAAGGAUAUCCAAAUGAACGUUUUGAACUUCUUACCAAUUUCCCUCGGAGGAAGCUCUCUCAUCUGGACUAUGACAUUACCUUACAAGAGGCAGGCCUCUGUCCUCAAGAGACUGUCUUUGUACAGGAAAGAAAUUAACACCAUGACCUGACCUCUCUCAGCUUACCCCUUCUUCCCUUUUCCUGUGAGAUACCAUGUCCCUAAGUAUGCAUUUUGGCUCAUAGGACUAUAGAGCCAAAGCUGGACAAGCAAGUCACCUGCCUUUCCUUUAUUUCUUUCUGUCACCUGCAAUUAGUGUCUCUCCUGCUUCUGUUUCUCCUCUUUUCCUCUGUGAUUUUUUCUUUUUCUCACUUUUUUUCUUAUCACAUGUGACCAAAUGAAAGUGUAAAGAUAAGAAUAAGAUCUCUCCCAGUACUGGCAGCAGAAAUGUGUGUUAUAAUUGGUCUCUUUUGUGGCACCUUUUUGGUAUCUAGUGAUGUUAACCAUAGACUCCUAUGACAAAGAAUGGCUAGAAUCAGAAUUUAAAAACAACCCCAUUUUUGGUAGGUAAAAGAAAUUGUUCUUCAUAUAAGAUCUCUUAAUGAGAUAUCCAGGCUUUUGUUUAUGUGGGAGACGAUCCCCUUAUACUAUUGCUCAUCAUAUUUAAAAUUUCCCUCCAAGAUUCCCAUCUUCCAGUUACAAGAGUUAUUUCCAUGAUGUGUGUUAUUGGCAGAAUGAGUGCUUAGUGUAUUCUGUAGCCAGGGUGGCUUUCAGUGUCCUAGCCUGAGACAGUUUUCUUUAUUAUUGCUCUAUUAGUUAUAUUCCUCUUUCCAGUCCUGGGAUGAACCUUUAGUGAGCGUCUUGUGUCUGGGCUAGGUAGGAAGGUGCUUGCUGUUUUUGCCUGCACAGCCAAUUAAUUCCUUUGUCUUCAUUGUCUGAGUCUGUAGUAUUCUGUAGGAAGGCAGGUGUUCAAUAAUCAUGUAGUACAAUGGCUUAUAAUUGUAAACACUAUGGUUAUUGAUUGUCCUAUGUGCUUAAGGCAUACUUAGGUAUAUCCCGGGGUUGGGGGGGGGGGAGU